AUGUAUGGGGACAACAUUAUCACUGAAGGUGGAGUGCGUCAGUGGGUCAUAAGAUUUAAAAAUGGCCGAACCAAUGUUCACGACGAAGAUCGAAGUGGGAGACCCAGCAUAGUGAACGCCGAACUUCUCGAAAAAGUCGAUGCUAAAGUCCGGGAAAAUCGAAAUUUCACAAUAACGGAACUUUCUUUAAGUUUUCCACAAAUUUCGCGAAGUUUGGUGCACGAAAUCAUCAGCGAAAAGCUUGGUUACCACAAGUUUUGUGCAAGAUGGAUUCCAAAAAUCUUGACAGAGGACCACAAAAAUCAGCGAAUGGCUGCAGCGUUGAACUUUUUGGACGCUUACCAUAAGGAUGGUGAUUUUUACUCGAUCGCAUCGUUACUGGUGACGAAACAUGGGUGA